CACGGCCGAGCCCCGUAAGGAAAAGUCGUUGGACAGCUUCAUCCCGACGUCUUACAUGGCACUGCUCGAAGGGACGCUGCUCACAAACGGCGACAUUAAGGGGUCAUGGCGGGCACGACGAGAAGAUGAGGUAUCUCAAGACUUCUUGAUGGUUCUCAUGGACAAGGGCGUGUACGAUGGAGGAUUUAACCUACAAUUGCCCAACACCCGUCCCUCAGCCCCGUCCGUGCAAGAAGUCCACGAUAAGUGGCACUCGUUCGAGUGGGUCGAGACGACCAAGUCUUCGUGCAACGUGUGGGGCCGAGGCCUCAACAACCAGUUCGGGGAGUUCUACACGAUCGGCGUUCACGACCCCCGCCAGAGAAGGAUCGUCAUAUACAAGGUCUGCGAGGCAGAAAUGCGCAGAGCUCAAGCUUUUGCGCAGAUGACGAUCACGUCCGCCGGCCGUCUCCCCGCCGCCGCUCCGAGCGACCCUGGUCUCGCCGCACCAAAGAGAACAAGGUCGGCGACAGCUAAGGCGGCGGCGGUGGCAGCAACGGCCGGGGGCAGGCAAAAGCGGCCCCGCGCGUACGACGCCAGCCCGAGAGAGAUGGCCGCUGCCGCCACCUUGCUGUACCAGCAGAACCUGACCGUGGAGACGGGCGCUUGCAGCGGUGGCAGCAGUAGCAGCAGCAGCAGCGGCGGCGGCUGCUACCCGAGGGUGGACGCGUUUUGUCCGAGUUAUGACGGAGAUGCCGGUGGCGGUGGCGGUGGGAGCGGGAGCGGAGGGGGGCCGGCGCUGGGGGGGGGUCGGCCCUUGGCCUUCCCUGCACCUCAAGUGCACAAGGAGAACCCCGCGCGUCCGACCCCGGUCCCGAUCCCGGCGGAAGUUCGGGCGCUCCCAGGGUUUUCUGGACGGUUUGAGGAUGCCAGUACGGUAGACUUCGCCAACGCUAGCAUGGACGAGCUAGCCGAUCUGUCGAUCCUCGGGGCUCGCUUACAGAGGGAGAAGGUUAAGAUCCAGGAAGACGCCCGGGCCCAACGACAACCAUUUGAAGAGCAAAAGAAGGAGUAUCAGAGCAAGGUGCAGAAGGGAAGGGCAGACGAAGCGAUGAUGCUGAGGGCGGUGCAAGAGCUGAGGAAACAAAUGCUGGAGGACGAGCGGAAAUUGGAGUCGGCAACACAAUGCGUCAAGAGCUACGAGGCGGAAGAGCAGCACGCGCUCAUGCUGUGGAACGAGAAGUGGGAGACACAGGUCGCGCCCUUCAUCGCGCAGUGUGAGCAGGGGGUCAAAAAGAAAGCCGAGGAGCUGGAAAUCAGGACCCGCGAGGCGGAGAGGGAGAAGCUGGAGCUUGAGAGGGAGAAGGAGAGGCUCCACAGCGUCAAGCAGAUCGGUGACGUCUUCCCGGCGAAUCAGUCCAUGUAAUUGGUCAAGAGGUCCGCCCGCUCGGUCCAGUUUACUCCGCGAAGCUGACGCUAGAAAGGGAGAUCUACAGACGGUACGCAGACAAGGCGGUUGGGUCGGUUUGUUUGGGCGGACGGAGUGUUGCUCUUACUGCGGCUCUUGGCUGAUUUCCUCGCUGCUGGACUAUCGUGAACGGGCAUGUUUUCGAUCGGACCUCCGUACCGCAAUCUAUUUUGGGUACCGCAAGUCAGGAAAUGAUCACCACCAACAAGACGCAGGCGUUUAAGCCUGCAAUUGUUGGAGUUGAUGUAAAUCGAUGGUGUUGGACUUGUCACAGCUUCUUGUUUUUUUGUGCGCAAAGAAAUCCAUUUAACCAGGCCGUUUCUGAUUGGUCCUGUGUUUUUGUGGUUAAGCGAUACACGGCAAUGGAAUGGGAGCGUAUCGCUGUGCCGAGAGAUCAAGGCUAUCAUGUGAAUACUUGUUCGACAUCGAUAAUACAUCGCCAUCUGUCGCCGAUUGAGCUUCAGAGUUCUCGGGAUGGCCCUGUACGGUUUGAUGUUGAUUGUUCGUGUGGCUCAGCAGAUGCAGUCUAAUGUGGUAAUAUUGUUUUAGUGUAAACGGCAAACACCGUGACGAAGCGAGAGCGUAUCCGAUGUGCUGAAACCGCCAUCGGCAGGUGCCGACCCGUAAACCAGACUCGUAUGUUGGCCUUGAUGUCACUUGUCAGGAGGUUUGGUUGAGGACUGUUAGCUUGUAUUUUGCUGGUGGAAGUGGUCGGGUUGGAGCCUCUUAUUCGUGAUUCAGGAAAACGGCGAGCAACGUGUGCUUCAUAGUCGGGCAAGCAAUGCGUUCGGCGUUUAAAUUGUGAGCCUGGACACGGAUUCCUUGUCAUUUUCUCAGCAAAAGUUAUUCAUUUCUAGGAUGUGUGAACUG